UCUUUCAGUUGAACUCGGACUUUAACACUGUAAUACUGAAGCCCACCAGUAGGAGGUGAUGUUGAGUCGGUGAUAAUCUUCUACAGACUGUCGCUCGGCGCCGCUCAGAGACUGAACAGGUGACGUCCCUGGGUCUUGGGGAGAUGUUCUGCAACAGCCCACUGUAAAACAACUGGAAAGUCUAUUUCCACUCUUUAUGCUAGAGGGCUGUUGGAUGUACCCUCGUAUUUCAUGGACAAACACGAGUGGUGUCGUUCGUCUCAUCCAAAGAGCUAGAAAGGGACACAAAUUGACACGAGCGAGGGCAGAUCAACUCCAGUAGGGGAAAGAGGCUGAAUAACGUGGAGCCCGAAGCCGGUUCUACUCAACCACCAACCCACAAGGCCUCGCGGUGCGUUGCCAACAUCUCCCACGGGGCGGCGUUUUAAGUUUUAAAUGGGGAACAGGAGGAAACACCUCUGCGUCUUGGGGACGGUGGCUCUCUUCCUCAUCUAUCUCAGCUUUGAUGGGACAUUGAGCAGUUGGUUUUCUCCAUCUUCACCAUCAGCGUAUCACGUGGCCUAUCCACGCAACUACAAAUUCAUCAUGGAUGACACACCUACGUGCAGGACCAGGACUCCUUUCCUGGUCGCGGUUGUUCCAGUUGCACCCAGUAACGUGGCAGCCCGGGACGCCAUUCGACAGACGUGGGGGAAUGAGAAGCUGGUUCUGGGUCAGCUGGUGCAGACCCUCUUCUUGGUGGGCCUGCCCGGAGGACCUGAUGCAGGGCAGCAGCAAGAGACGCUCAAUCUGGAGAAUCGGCAGCACCGCGACCUGAUCCAGAGCAGCUUCCAGGACAGCUACGGCAAUCUGACCAUCAAGACUAUGGUCAUGCUGGAGUGGCUGGCGGCGCAUUGUGUGAAUUCUUCUUAUGUCUUGAAGAUUGACUCCGAUAUGCUGCUCCACGUCCAGAAUUUGGUGAAGCUGUUGCUGGAUCCCAGCACGGCCAAACAGAACUACAUGUCAGGCUUGGUGUGGUGGCACAGCCCGGUUUUAAGGAACCCAUUCAACAAGUUCUACCUGCCUAAGGAAGUGAUCGCCGAGCCAGAGUACCCCCCGUAUCCCCUGGGCAUGGCCUACGUCAUGUCCCUGGACCUUCCCGGGAAGAUUCUCAGCGUCUCUCCUCGGAUCAAACCGAUCUUCAUCGAAGACGCCUACCUGGGUAUGUGUCUGAAGCACCUGGGCAUUCUGCCCACCGACCCCCCUGACAGCACCAUGUUCGUCGUCGACCCCGUUCAUCCUCUGAGCGGCUGCAGCCUCUCAAAAGUCAUCGCCGUGACGACGACAAGCAUCCGGCAGAUGACGAGUUACUGGGAGAGGAGCAAAACAGCAGAAGCUAAAUGCUGAACUUCAUUCGUGUUUGCCGGGACUGAAUUUUGGUGUUUCGGUGGUGGGGCGACCCUGUAGUUUCAGGCUUUUAACCAGAACUAAGAGUCUGAUCAGUAUGUUUGAGAAUUGAUUUGAAUGUCUUUACUUUCAAGGCUCUUUUUAGCACCUUUUAGUGCCUAAGGUACCAGUUCGUACCUUGAGAUCCUCAGGGCCCUGAGUCGAUCGGGUCGGCCGACUCAGUCAUUUCUUGGAAGUCCCUUCGUAAGACGUACUUUUAUCGCUGAGGCUUUCCUGAUUUUACUUGAAUUUUAGUUUUCCAUUUUUCAGGGAACAAACUAAAACGUCUGACUGAGCCGGUGUCUCAGUCAGAGACUGACUAAUAUCUACUAAUUUAUGACUUAUUUACCUGCUGCGUUGUGAACCACUUUGUGAUCGAUUUUGGUAGAGUCCUCGUCUGCGGGAACUGUUGGGUUUCUCUGUGAUAUUGUGAGAUCUCGACCUUACUACGCAAAGUGCCUUAACAUAAUAUACUUUGUGAUUUGGCGCCAUACAAAAAAGUUGAAUUGAAUUGUUCUAUAAAUAAAGAUUUUUAUUAUUAUUGUGUUUGCAGGCAA